AUGAAUUUUGAAAUUGAAAGACCUGAAUCCCCCUCUUUCGAUGAUGUCGGCUCUAGUAACAACCUUUGCACCCGGUCAAAUGAUAUCGCCGGUCCCCACUAUCAAUCCACAUGCACACUCCAAUCUCUUAAUCGAUUGGGAGAGCUCUGUCGGAUUCCGGCUGAAGUAAUGAAGGACUUGCAGACACCGGAGCCUACCGAAUCACCGGAGGACCACCGCCCUGGGUUCUUCUGCGUGUAUGAGAUCUAUUUCAAGGGUUGCGGCUUGACUUUUCCUCUUCCCGAAGCCCUCGUUCGAUACCUGGCAGCCCUUGAAAUCGCUUUGCCCCAACUAACCCCCAAUCUCCUCUGGACUAUUCUGGGGAUUAUUACUAUCGCGGCGGAAGCCGGGUAUGUCAUCGGGGUUCCCGAACUGAAUGAACUUCUUAAUGUGAGGAGAUCUUCGAAGAAAGUCGGAUACUUCUCGGCUUAUCCGAACGCCAACAGAAACCUCAUCUCGCACCUCCCUAACAAAGACGAGAACGAGCAUCACCCGUGGUUUUUAGUCAAAAAGAGCCCUACUUCGAUUGGAAAUCUUCCGGACUUGCUCCCCUCGAAGUGGACUACUAAGCCCGCUUUCAUCGCACCAACCCUAUCGACCGUCGAAUUCGGCGAAUUCUUCAAAAUCGUCAUCGAAGGGGAAACCCUUUGGAACUCCUUUACUUUUGACCGGUUCAUAGAGGCCAACCACAAGCUCAGGAUGAGACCUCCUGGACAUCUUCUCCAACUGCCAUUGCCCCCUCCCCUACCUCAAGGGACUUCUGCUCGGGCCAUCGCAGCUCGACGCAAGACGCUGUCCAAGUCGAUCGUGGAGGCUUGCGAAACAAACAAAACAUUCCUCCAAUCCGCAGUCGACAAGAAAGAAUACAGCAGAACCUUGCUGGUUGACGAUGGCAGCGCCGAAGGGGCAAGAUCUGCCGGCGCCUACAGACCCACUCCUCACCGCGAAGGCCACAGCGGCCGGUUAUCUCACAGAGAACGAUCACCGCACCGUGAUUCACCUCGGCCUGCCUCCCGAACUGGACUAAGCAGCGAACGGCUUGCUGACUUAAUUCAGAAAAAGAGAGACAGAUCAACCGGCGACAGCUCCUCCCCCAAAAGAGAUAAGACGAGAGCCCAAACUGAUCGCUCUCCUCGCCUAUCGGCACCAUCCCGUUCUAUGGGUCCUCCUCCUCCAGUCACCGUAUCUCCUUCGUCUGGAUCCGGAGAUGCUGGAACUAAGGUUAUUCUGGUUCCUCAGACCAAGUCGCUCACGGCGAUGGAAACAGAGGGAAAUGUCUUUCGAUGCUUCAAAACUCGAAAAGACACCAUCCUGCCAGCCUUUGAUAGGUGGCGCCCUGCAAACAACAAACUCAAUGACAUGAUUGAGUACUACGAGAGACUGUUGCUAGACAGGGAGAAGGAGGUUAUGACGUGGAAAGACAACUAUUCGUCCCUUGAGUCCGAUCUCCGUUCUUCAAAUGACGCGAGGCAGAAACUGGAGGAUCAACUAGACAAUCUCUCCUCCGAACUCAUGAAAUCCAACGGUGAAUUGCAGGACCAAUACCAGAGGUAUGACAAGAUCCAAGAAGAACUCUCAACUGCUCGGGACACACUUUCAGAAUCCGAAUCCAGUGCAUACGACUUGUCCAAUCAACUGUCCGAAUUGCAGCUCAAGUACCAAGCAGUGGCUAACUAUCGGGAUGCUAAAUUAGCGAGGUCGGCAUCAAAGGCCAGAAAAGAAGUGAAAGGUCGCGGGAUGGAAUUGAUCCAAGGGGCAAUCAUCUUCAUUCAAACCGAGAAGGUUAGGACGGAGUUGGAAUCAGACAUCAAGGAGUACGAGAGCAAUCUCCUCCUUUUGGACCAAACCCAUGAAGACGACUUCUCCGAGAAACAAGAGAGGAACGAGUUGAAGACCGUCCUGGAGGAGAAGCGAAGUCGUUUAGCUGUCCUUCCUUCCUCGUCGUUCAACCCUCAACAGUUUGAGGAAUUCUACACCGAAUCGCCUCCCUUGGACCAAUCUGGCCCCAGUGAUCCCAUGGAACCCGAAGCACCCAUCGUGCCGGUGACGAUUCCCGAAGCGGUAGCCAUCCCGCCAGAACUUCCUCCAUCCGCGAACUCGGAGAAAGUGGUCAUUGAGGACGAUGAUGGUUCAGACUCCGGGGUUCCUAGCGAGCAGCCUACUACUGGCGAAUCGGGUGAGAAUAAGACAGUUGCCGCAGAUCCUGAACCAGCUCAACCCGAACUCGGGGUGCCCGAGAACUUGUAG